UGCAACAUGUAAAUUAUAGAAUGUUUAAUCAAUAAUCAAUAUAUUUAAGGUUGUAUUUUCAUUUUUGUUUCCCUAUUUUAUGAUAUUCUUCUGUUUUCUGCUGUAUGUUAUCCUGUUGUGUAAUAUUUAAUAUUUUCUGAACAAGCAAACUCAAACUGUCCAUAAGAAAAAAUCAAGAAGAAAAUUAGUACUACAAUUUAAAAAAUGUAUAUUGUACAAUCUAUAAUUUAAAUAUUGUGUGAUUUAAACUGGCCAAAACGGUUAAGUUGUGAAUGUAAUUUUAAUUUUAUUAUGAAGUAUUUUGAUCUCAGUAACAUUUCUGGGUUUUACUGAAAAAAAACAACAAAAAUUCACCAGAAACACCAGCAAAUUUUCAUCCUUAAAAUAACAAAAUUUCCACUUAACUUGAUAUUUUGGUCUGUGUAAUGAUGUAAUUUUAAAAUAUUAAAUGAUUGAUAAAUUGAUCAGUUUCUCAGUACUUUUUAAUUGAGUGAUUUUCGUGCUACUUUUUACUUUUACUUGAGUGAAACAUGUUGAAGUGUCUCUGCUGUGACAGUUUCUGGUUCUCCGGUUAAGACCAGAAACACGGGGAGGGCGGAGCGUCGCUGAAAAACUCCAUGACCUCAUGCUUGCCUCCCGUUUGUUCCUGCGACGCUCCGCCUGGGGAGCUGCAGCUCCUUCACCUGCUGCCUCAUCAGGAGCUGCUGCAGGUUUUUUCCACAAUGGCGAAAGGAGGGAAGGGAAACGGAGAGGACCAGGAGGAACCUCACAAAGGUCCAGACAAGGAGGAAGGAGGUCUUGUGUCUCUGCUUCACAGUGAGAACUCAGAGACGGUUCCUGUGCCCAUGGACAGCAACGUCUUACUGCCAAGACGGCCAUCUUGCCCCGCCGGCAGCAGCACGAUGUUCACCAGGGAGAAACUCUUCACGGCGGCGGCCCAGGGCGACGCCGCCCAGCUACACGGCCUGCUGGACUUCCUGCAGCUUCACCAGAAACGGCUGACGAGCCCAGAGUUCAAAGAUCCAUCCAAUGGGAAAACGGCGCUCCUGAAAGCUUUUCUGAACCUGAAGGACGGCAGGAACGACGCCAUCGAAGUCCUGAUUGACGCAGCAGAGAAAACGCUGGACUCUGAAAGCUUCAUCAACGCAGCUUACACUGAUCCUUAUUACAAAGGUCAGACGGCCCUGCAUGUGGCCGUUGAAAGACGAACGCUGUUCUACGUGAAGCUGCUGGUCCAGAAAGGAGCAGACGUCCAAGCCAAAGCCAACGGGACUUUUUUCCAGCGCAACGCAAAGCUGGGCUUUUAUUUUGGCGAGCUGCCGCUGUCUCUGGCCGCCUGCACCAACCAGCCGGAAGUCGUUUCGUUUCUCCUGGAGAACCCGUACCGGAGAGCCGACCCGGCCGACCGCGACUCGCAGGGGAACACCGUGCUGCACAUGCUGGUGGAGAUCGCCGACGACUCGGCGGAAAACACGGAGACGGUCGCAGAAAUGUACGACAAAAUCCUGGUUCUGCAGCACAAACUGAACAGCGAAGUCCAGCUGGAAUCGAUGGAGAACAACGAAGGUCUGACUCCGCUGAAGUUGGCAGCCAAACUCGGCAAGAUCGGGCUUUUCCGCCACAUGUUGAAUCGGGAGUUCGUGGCGGAGGAGACGCGGCGGCUGUCCCGGAAGCUGACGGAGUGGGUCUACGGACCCGUCCACUCCUCCCUCUACGACAUGAGCUCCAUGGACACCGCAGAAAACAACUCGGUGCUGGAGAUCAUCGUGUUCGGGAGCGAAACCCCGAAUCGCCCAGAGAUGCUGCAGAUCGAACCUCUUCGCAGUCUUCUCCAGGACAAAUGGCAGAGAUUCGCCUCCAAGCUGUUCCUCCUGAACUUCUUGUCUUAUUUAAUGUACCUGGCCGUCUUCACCGCGGUGGCGUACUACAGGAAAGACGGACAGCCGCCGUUCCCAGUGGAAAACGUCCCAGCUGAUCACCUCCGCUGCGUCGGUGAGAUCAUCAGCGUCCUGGGAGCAGCCAGGUUUCUCUACAAAACUAUAACCAUUUUCAGGAGGAACCCCCCAAACAUCAGGUCUCUGUUUACUGAUGGAUUCACUGAAAUUCUGUUUUUUCUGCAGGCGGUCCUGCUGCUGCUGUGUGCGGUCCUGUACUGCUGCGGGCGGACAGAAUACGUCGGGCCGCUCGUCUUGUCUCUGGCUCUGGCCUGGAUGAAUGUUUUAUAUUACACACGAGGCUCCAGGCAGCUGGGGAUCUACAACGUCAUGAUGCAGAGAAUGAUCCUGGGCGACCUUCUGCACUUCUUGUGCAUCUACGUCGUCCUGCUUUUUGGAUUUUCUGCCGCCGUCUGCACCCUCAUCGACGACUCACCUGCAGGGAGUCCGACCAACGGCCCGGUUCCACUGCCAAGGAGCUUUAACGUCGAAACGUUCAAAUGCGAGAAGCCGAGCUACAACGACAUCGGCUUCACCACGAUGGAGCUGCUGAAGUUCACCAUCGGGAUGGGCGACCUGGAGUUCACCGACCACGUGCAGAACAAGACGGUCUUCUACGUCCUGCUCAUCUGCUACAUCGUCCUCACCUACAUCCUGAUGCUCAACAUGCUCAUCGCCCUGAUGGGGAACACAGUGGAGAGAAUGACGGAGCAAAGCCAAACCAUCUGGAACCUGCAGAGAGCCUUCACCAUCCUGGACAUGGAGAGGACUCUGCCGCGGUGGCUGAGGACGAAGCUGCAGUCCAGAGCGUCAGAGAUGGUCUGCAUCAGGAACGACCAGGACGACCCUCGGAGAUUCGUCAGAGUGACAGAAAUGAACUGGAAUAAAUGGCGAUCGGAUCUCGGCGUUAAACUGAAGGAAGAACCUGCAGAUCAGCUGACGACCGCAAGAACUGAGGAGGAAACCUCUGGGAAUCCAUGGAACGUGAACGUUCUUCUCCAGAGGAUUCGCUCCAGACGACGCCAACAGGAAGACAGCUGCGUUCUCUAACUCAAACUCUCUUAUUUUUAUUUCUUUAACACAUUUCUCAUAACUCAACAUAAUUCUUCUUUGUCUUAAGAAACUUUAUUAUAGGCACAUUUAAUCACAUCUUUAAAAACAUGAAUGUAUUUCCAGAAAUGUUCAAGCUAAUAUCUUGUAUAAUUGAAUGUGUUUCUUCUGUUACCUGUUUAUUUAGACAUUAACUGUGAAGGUGAUCAUAAUGCCAAGUUAAAACAUUUAAACAGACUACCUCAUGUGGGAGGAAAGUUUUUCUACUGAUGAGUAAAAUCUGAUCUGAUUUUAUUAAAUAAUGUUUAGAUUUAACAGAAGUCAAUAUAUUUAUAUCUAGUAAAAAACGCUCACUGCUAAGCAGAUAAAAAAAAAAAAACUCUGCAUUAAGUCAGUUUGAAGAAUCAAAAGUUUUUCACAAUAAAAGAUACUAAAAAGUUU